AAUUUUUAUAUAUGGAGUUUGACAUAACAGCGUUCGGGCGUAUAUUUUUAUAUAUUGAAUUUGACAUUUUACCGUACAAACUAUGUAAUAGUUGGGCUCCCGAUGACACCUUAUUAAAUACGUCUGGUGCCACAAAAAAUGUGUAGCAUUUUCACUUCCAAAAUCCCGCUUCUUGGAUCGUUAUUAUUAAAUUUUCCAAAAUCAACUAGGCAAUGUCCAUCACAACUGCAAGUGCUGUAAGUCCAAAACGUUUACGUACGGAAGGAUCUCCUUUAACUAUAGGCACACACAGUGGCACUUUUCAUUGUGAUGAAGUAUUAGCUUGUUUCAUGUUAAAACAAUUGCCAGAAUAUGCAAAUGCUAAAAUAUUCCGGUCGCGCAAUGAAGCUGAACUGCAUGAAAAUUGCGAUAUAAUUGUGGAUGUGGGUGGCGAGUUUGAUCACGAGAGAAAGCUAUAUGAUCAUCACCAGAAAACAUUUCAGGAAACAAUGAGUACCCUAAGGCCUGAACUAGGAGAUCAAUAUAAAAUUAGAUUAAGUAGCGCUGGUUUAGUUUUUUGCUUUUAUGGAGAACGUGUUAUAGAUGAGAUUUUAAAGAAGCAUGCUAAUGUAACACUUAGCCCUGAUAAUUUAAAAUUAACAUUUGAUCAAUUAUAUGCCAACUUUAUAAGUGAACUUGAUGCUAUAGACAAUGGAGUGCAAAUAUGCCCGGAUGGUAAAGAACCUUUGUACAAAAUUUCCACACAUUUAUCCAAAAGGGUUGGUAAAUUCAAUCCCGGUUGGGAGGAAGAAGGUACAAAUGUUGAUGUCGAUGCUCGUUUCGAAGAAGCUAUGUCUUAUGCUGGUAAAGAAUUUAUUGAGAAUGUGGUAUCGAUUGGAGGAUCUUGGAUAAAAGCCAGAGAAUAUGUACGAACAGCACUGAAAACUGCAAACAGUAUUCAUGAAAGUGGUGAAAUUUUAGUUUUAGAAAAGUUCUGCCCUUGGAAACACCAUUUACACGCUUUGGAGAAAGAAUUUAAAGUAGAGGGUGUUCCUAAACUUGUGAUUUUUGCAGAUACAUCUGGCGGUUGGCGUGUGGCUGGUGUUCCAGUCACUCCUGAUAGCUUUUUAGGACGUAAGUUUUUGCCCGAACCUUGGAGAGGUUUGAGAGAUGAAGAACUUUCAAAGUUGGCAGGUAUUGAAGGUUUGAAAUUUGUUCAUCAUACUGGAUUUAUUGGUGGUGCGAAAACAAAGGAUGCUGCUAUAGCUAUGGCCAUUAAAAGUGUGCAAUGGAGUUCCUAGUUAAAUGUAAUUUUAAAAUAAAAUAUGUUUUACAUACGAAAAUAUAGAAUAUAUAUAGAAUAUACGCA